CGCAUUCAGACUCCCGCAUGUUUCAGCAGAGUGUGUUAUGGUUGUUCCUGUUUUCAGUUCAAAGCUACCUUAUUCACUGCUGUGUGGGGUUUGUGUGACAAAAUGAGUCCUCAGUGUGACUGUUGCCGAGAAAAUGUUAAUAAACUGAAUCAGCAGGUUUCAGUGAUGAGAAAGGAACUUAAGAAUCUGAGGCAGAUGCUGGACAGUGGCAUCAGAGCCCACCGUAAACACAUGACAUCCAUCCAGUCUGUUGUGUCUAAGGGUGAACUGUGUGAACCUGGGAGAGGCCACACAUUAGCAUCCCCACCAACCCCAGCAUCUCCACAGGCUGCAUUAGAGCAAGGAAACAUCCAGACAGUGCCGAUUGGUUACAUUAGCUCCUGUUUCUCUGUCAAGAAUGGGACACCCCGACAGCCCACCAUUUGUGGCCCUUCGAGAGCAGAGUUGCGCAUCCAGCAGAGUGUUUUCAACAAUCCAGCGCACGCUCUGGUGGGACUCGAGCAUUACUCUCAUGUCUGGGUGAUUUUUCUCUUUCAUAAAAAUGGCCACCUGUCCUACAAAGCUAAAGUGAAACCUCCUCGACUUAACGGUCAAAGGGUCGGUGUGUACUCAACGCGGAGUCCCCACAGACCAAAUGCCCUGGGCUUAACACUGGCCAAACUGGAUAAAAUAAUAGGUGACACAUUAUAUCUGUCAGACAUCGACAUGAUAGCGGGAACCCCUGUCCUAGACAUCAAGCCCUACAUCCCAGAGUAUGACUCCCCCUUCACCAGGAUGGACACGGACUCUGAGUCUAAUGAGUCAAACACAGAUAAAACGAAGGCAGCAACAGUGUCAGGAAAUGAUGAGACAAAUAUGUUAAGCCUCCAUAAAGAUUCAGAAAGUGAUGUUGAGUGCGGUCCAGAGGAUGGAGGACCCGAUGUUCAUGACUUUAAGACUCAAUCUGAACCUGAUAGUUUAAAUAAAGACUCCUCCAUCAGUGGUCAGUUAUCUAUGCCCACACAUCUACAUCAGGUGCUAGAGGAGGUCAAGGCCUAUGUGACCCAGGGUGACCUUUGUCAGCCAAGUUAUGAAAGCAACAAUGAACUUUUGGACAUGCCAAUAACAAAGCCACCAGAGUCACAGGUAGAACGGCCUUGUUAUGGAAAGGAGGCUUAUAGCACCAUAGCCGAGUGGAUCAGAGAGCCUCCGGUUUCCAGUCUGGAGGUGCGCUUCACCCCUCAAGCUGAAAGGGAGCUAGCAGAAUUUCUUCCAUCCACAUCAGGACCCCCUGAAACUGAAGGUGACAGACCCAGGUUCAAGUUUCUACACAGUUCAGAGGAAGCUGCUGCUGCUAUAAGAGGCGUGCUGUCUGCAGACCCACGGUCAGUUUACAGGAGGACACGCUGCAGAGACAGGCUCUUCUUCUUCACCCUGGACACGGCUGACAUCACCUGCUGGUUUGGACAUGGCUUUGUUGAGGUGCUGCAGCUCCGACCUGUUCCACAACACAUCGUCCUGCAGUGAAAACAACUUACAGUGAAAGUUUUGGAAGAAGAUAGUGUCAUUUUCCCUCUCUGUAAAUAAACAAACCAGAACCUGUCAGUUG